CAAAUACCCAAGCUUUACAAAUAUUGCUUGACUAAAUCGGCAUAGACAGCCGCAGCACAAACCACACUCGUUGCUAUGAAAAGGCCGCUGGCCCGUGAGAAAUAUUUGCCUCUGUUGCAGUCAACAGGAUUUCGGGUCCGAAGUUACCAGUAGUGCGUUAGAAAUACAGGGAGCAAGAAGAAAUGAUAUGUCAAAGAAGCCACUCGCCUUCGGGGCCAUGGUGUAAAGCCAUUUGCGCUGGCUGGCUGCUAAGGGUAGCACUGACCGGACUCUGCGUGACAAGCGUCAGUGCAUGGCCAUUUGAAAAUGAUGGACGUUACCUGCCUGACUGGGGUUCGCUAGACACCCGCCCAACACCAACGUGGUAUGACCAAGCAAAGAUCGGUAUCUUCGUCCACUGGGGCGUUUUCUCCGUUCCGUCGUACGUUUCUGAAUGGUUCUGGUGGGAUUGGCAGGGCGUACCGAACAAGGACAUAGUAAACUUCAUGGCUAAAAACUAUCCGCCUGGAUGGACGUAUGCCGACUUCGCACGUAGCUUCCGGGCCGAAUUUUUCAAUGCAUCUCAAUGGGCUGAUUUGUUUCGCCGCGCCGGAGCAAGAUACGUAGUACUGACCUCAAAGCAUCAUGAAGGUUACACCUUGUGGCCAUCGGCCACCUCAUUUAACUGGAACUCGCGUGAUGUUGGUCCUAAUAAAGAUCUCGUUGGUGAACUUGCGAAAGCAAUACGUGCCUCGGGGGAUCUUCGAUUCGGACUUUAUCAUUCACUUUUCGAGUGGUUUAACCCUCUGUAUCUGCGAGAUAAGGCUAAUCUAUUCUCCACACAGAACUUUGUGAAGGCUAAAGUUGGUCCGGAACUGAUCGAUAUUGUUAAUACGUACAAGCCAGACGUUAUAUGGUCCGAUGGAGACUGGGAAGCUACACCUGAGUACUGGAACUCCACGCACUUCCUUGCAUGGCUCUACAAUGAUAGCCCUGUGAAGCAUACGGUAUUGGUGAAUGACCGUUGGGGCAUUGGAACCGGGGGUAAACAUGGAGAUUUCUAUAAUUACGCUGACCGUUACAAUCCAGGUGAACUGAAGUAUCACAAAUGGGAAAAUGCCAUGACUUUAGACAAGAGUUCUUGGGGAUACCGAAGAAAUAUGAGUUCUGAUGACGUUUAUUCGCUUCACGAGCUUCUUAUCGUGAUGGCCGAGACUAUUAGUUGCAAUGGAAAUUUGCUAAUCAACGUGGGUCCUCGUGCAGAUGGCAUCAUAGAUCCCAUCUUCGAGGAGCGUCUUUUACAACUUGGCCAAUGGUUGCACAGCAACGGAGAAGCAAUCUACGAGAGUAGGCCGUGGACUGUACAACAUGACCGGCUAAAUGCAAAUGUUUGGUACACAAGCAAAUACCCCAUGACAGUGUACGCCAUUGUGUUAGCUCUUCCUACAAACGAUGAAGUUCAGCUUGGAGCUCUUACCUCACUUAGCUUGGGUACAAACUCUGUCAUGACUCGUCUUGGCGAUAAGCAGGUUCUCGAAUACACUGCCAAUGCCCAAGGGGUUAUAAUUAAGGUGCCUCCUCCAUUGCUUCGAAGCCUGUUGCCCACAUCGGCGUUUGUUAUUAAGAUUGAACUGAGGCUUUAGUGCCUAAAUACUGUUGGCCAAAGUUUGUCGUUUAUCAUAUCCACGAAUACCUACUUUUUGUAAUUUGAAAAUGUUAAAAAUUCUACACCUAUGAAAUAAAAAUAUAUUUGCA